UAAUUCGGCUGGUUUGGCCGCAAACGCAUGUUCAUUGCCGCUGUGUGUGUGUUUAUUGUAUUGUACCGGCAACGCGCGCACGCACAAACCGUCGUCGCCGCCGCCGCCUCCUCUGUAGUAUUUGUAAAGCAUUAGUCGUAAUCGUCUCCUCCGCCGUCUCACGUCGCUGUUUUAUUUAGCACUAUAGUUUUUAUCAUUAAAUUAUUUAUGUUAAAUCGUUUUUAUUUAUAUAAUAGUGUUUGUUUUAACGAUUCAUAAUAAUAAUAAGAGAUCAUAUAGUGCAGUGUUAUCGCGUGUGCCGGGGUUAAUUUCACAUUUUUUGAUUAAAAAAUCAAAAAAAUUAAACAAUAUUGAUAGUGUUGCAACUAUGUACUCGGCAACAACAGCAAAAGCAGCUGAUUUGUUGGCCGUUCAUUCUGUCGAUGUUUCUUCAGUACCGCUUACCCGCCCCGUCUGAAAAUUAGUGUCGGUGACAAGACGUGUGCUGUUGAUAUUGCAUGUUGUGUCGUAGUGUCGUGUCGUCUAGUGUGCGUUUAUCUUCGCCGGGUUUGACCGGUAACAACAAAACGGCGGCCCGUUUGGAUCGCUACGAUUUUACAAAUGAAACAUAUUUGGCGUUAUGAUCUACUGACGGGAUGACUGAGCUCCGUUGGCUAUCAGGAGGUGGUGCUAGCGUCAAAAUGGAGCAUCACUUCCAAGCUGCACUGGAUCCACGCAAACAAGAAUUGUUAGAAGCCAGAUUCAUCGGCGCUAGAAUGUCUGCCGGCACACAGUUGCAGAUGGCUCCACAAGCUGGCCAAAUGCAUAUACCACAUCCUCAACCAGGAGGAACCAUACAUAGCCAAGACUCUAACAUGAGUACGGGCUCUUCCCAUAGUGAUAAGGAGCAAGAUACCCCGGAAAAAGGUGGUGGCAAUAACUCCAUUACGCGCACGCCAACCGAGAGGAAACGCAAGCGGAAGAUUGAGGACACGUCCAAUAACAAACAACCAAACAUGGGUGUCGGUCCUCCACCGCCUCCACCUAGGUUAGUGGACGGAAAGAAGAUCAACGACUACUUUACCAAACAUGGAUCCCAUCCCGUGUCGAAUCCUAUGAGACAUGGAGGUGCUAAGUCUCCGUCCCCCGGAGGACCACCCCAACAAGGUUACCCAAUGUUUAACCCAGCUGGUGGACAGCAAGCUUUGAGUCCAGUCAUUACUCCAGACUAUGUUUCUAUGCUCCACCCUCCUAGGAUUAAUUCUAGUUCCAUUACGAAAUGUAUACAGACUGAUUUAACAAGUCACGCGAUUCAAGAAUUCGAAUGUCAGGCUUCUUCAGAUUUGGAAAUUAGAAAUAAUAAAAUCGAUGAAUUAAAUAGGACCAAUGAAGAGUUGAAACAUCAACUGAGUAGUCAACAAAAAGUUAUUGAACAGCAUAAAUCCCACAUCAAUAAAUGUAUAGACGUGGUUAAAAAACUUUUGAAAGAAAAAUCCAACAUUGAAAAGAAAGAAGCUCGACAAAGGUGCAUGCAAAAUAGACUUCGACUAGGACAAUUUGUCACUCAAAGGGUUGGAGCUCAAUUUCAAGAAAACUGGACUGAUGGUUAUGCGUUCCAAGAGUUGUCUAGGAGACAGGAAGAAAUAACUUCUGAACGAGAAGAAAUUGAUCGUCAAAAAAAAAUAUUAGUUAAGAAAAGGCCAUCUAAUAGUGAAACUGGUGGUCGUAAACGUGCUAGUAGUCAGUCAGGUGCUAGUACAAGUAAUUCCAGUACUAAUAAUGUAGCAGCGAUCAAUUCUACACCUACUUGUCCUACAACUCCUAUAGUGUUACCAGUUGCAAGUAAUAUUAAUAAUAAUCAAGUUACUGGUGCUACUACUGGUACAGUCCUCCACAAUGGCACAGUAGCUCCAUCAUCUGCAAUAGACUCGGCAACGUUCCUAAAACCAGAAGCUGUCCCUGGCUUAUCAUGGCAAGAAUACUACGAGGCUGAUGAAAUACUCAAGCUACGUCAGUCUGCAUUAAAAAAAGAAGAUGCUGACUUGCAGUUAGAAAUGGAAAAACUUGAGCGAGAGAGAAAUUUGCAUAUACGAGAACUGAAAAGAAUUCACAACGAAGAUCAGUCUAGAUUCAAUAAUCAUCCAGUAUUGAAUGACCGUUAUUUGUUGCUCAUGUUGUUAGGAAAAGGGGGCUUUAGUGAAGUCCACAAGGCGUUUGAUUUAAAAGAACAACGCUAUGUAGCAUGUAAGGUUCACCAACUUAAUAAAGACUGGAAAGAGGACAAAAAGGCUAACUAUAUAAAACAUGCGUUACGAGAGUACAAUAUACAUAAAUCAUUAGAUCAUCCUAGAGUUGUUAAAUUAUAUGAUGUGUUUGAAAUAGAUGCCAAUUCUUUUUGUACUGUUCUUGAAUACUGUGAUGGCCAUGAUUUAGAUUUUUAUCUUAAACAGCACAAGACAAUAGCAGAAAGAGAAGCCAGAUCAAUAGUAAUGCAAGUAGUUUCAGCAUUAAAAUAUUUAAAUGAGAUCAAACCUCCUGUGAUACAUUAUGACUUAAAACCUGGAAAUAUAUUACUUACUGAAGGAAAUGUUUGUGGUGAAAUUAAAAUAACUGAUUUUGGUCUAAGUAAAGUGAUGGAUGAAGAAAACUACAAUCCUGACCAUGGAAUGGAUUUAACAUCCCAAGGAGCUGGAACUUAUUGGUACUUGCCACCAGAAUGUUUUGUCGUUGGAAAAAAUCCUCCGAAAAUUUCAUCUAAAGUCGAUGUUUGGAGUGUUGGUGUUAUAUUUUAUCAAUGUCUAUAUGGCAAAAAACCUUUUGGACACAACCAAUCUCAAGCUACUAUUUUAGAAGAAAACACAAUUUUAAAAGCUACUGAAGUGCAAUUUGCCAAUAAGCCUACAGUUAGCAAUGAAGCUAAGAGUUUCAUUCGAUGCUGUUUAGCAUACCGAAAGGAAGAUAGAAUUGAUGUGUUUACUUUAUCAAGGCAUGAGUAUUUGCAGCCUCCCUUACCUAAACAUGGUCGGAUAGCUAACAAUCAACAACAACAGCAACAACAACAGCAGCAGCAACAACAACAACAACAGCAACAAAUCUCAGCAGCAAAUUUUGCAUCUGGCAUGUUUGGUAACAUGAAUGCUUCUAGCUCAUCAUAAUACAAUAAUAUGAAAGUUUUGAUGAAUUUUUAUCUCAAUGCCAAACAAAUACGGUAAAUUUGUGCCAUUUGAGUAAAAUGGAAUGAAACAUAAUUGGCUUUAAUUAUCCUGCUAUGUUUCUUAGUUGAACGGUUAUUUUAUCAUUAAUAUUGUAUAAAUGUACUAGUCAAACUGUUUUUGUCGCCGCUGCGAAUAUGUUCCUGAGUACAUUUAUGAUAUUUAUGUUUACUAUUACCUUAAAACAAAAUAGUGAUAUUUGUUUAAGAUUUUUUUUCCUUUUGUCUAUUAUUCUGACAGAAAAUGUACUGUACGCAGGAAAUAAUUUAUAAUUUAUAGUAACAAAUAAAACUAAGUUUUAAGAAUACUUUUAAAAAUUAAAUAAUGAUCACUUAAUUUUUGAAAACGUGAAAAGAAACAG